UAGAACAUCCGUUUUUUUCGGUCCUACAGAUAAAAAAAAAACACUUCGUUUUACACGAAAGAGUUAAUGACUAUAUAUCCGACAACCCUGAACACAUCACGAGUAAUGCUUGCACUUUUCUGCGAACAUGUCGCCGUAGGACUUUGCGUCCAAACUUUAGCGUUUAUUUUGCAACUUUUUGCAUGUUCGCUUAUGGCAUUGGGGUGAUUAUGCCGUGUAAGGGAAGCGCAGACUUAGUCGCAGCUAUGCAGAGGAUUUUAAUCAGCAACUGUGUCAUUUUAGUUGUGUUAUUCGGCCCAAACUUGCCGGUUUCUGAGAGUGAAGGAAUCAGUCCGGAGAGAUGUAUCGUUUGGGGUCCAGGGCUGGAUCCCGACGCAGUCUUACCAGUCCGAUACUUCUUCAUUCAGGCUGUUAGCCCUGAAGGAAGAAACCUGACUUUAUCACCAGGUAAAGGGACAUUUAAAGUGAAGAUAAGUCCUCUCAACAAGGAGGAGUACAUCCGCAUCCACGUUCCUCCACCUCUGGACAGAGGAGACGGGUCGUUUCUGAUGAGGUAUCGCCUUUAUGGAUCUGCAGUCGAAGGUCUGAAGGUUGAAGUCCUCCACCUAGAUGUUGCUGUGGCCAAGUCUCCAUACAUUGUCAAGGGCCCAGUCUAUCAUGAAUACUGUGUCUGCCCCGAAUCUGACGCCUCUGUCUGGCAGAGCGUCCUGCAGUGUCCUGCGAAUGAGCCCCAGAUUCUGGCCGACUUCAAGUCCUUUCCUACCAUCGACUUGCAGCAUCUUAGACAGGAAGUGCCACUCAAAUUUUCUAACAGAGGAGGGCUCGUUCAUUACGCCAUCAUUGACAACAAGGUGUACCGGCGCACGCUGGGAAAAUACACAGACUUCAAGAUGUUCUCUGACGAAAUGUUGCUGUCGCUGACAAGAAAGGUGAGAGUGCCCGAUGUGGAGUUUUUCAUCAAUGUGGGCGACUGGCCUUUGGAGACGAGGACGGAGGGAGCUCUUCCGAUCCUCUCCUGGUGUGGCUCUACGGAUACGCGCGAUAUCGUCCUCCCCACCUAUGAGGUGACGCACUCCACCCUGGAGGCAAUGAGAGGAGUCACUAAUGACCUACUGUCUGUCCAAGGCAACACAGGUCCCCCGUGGGUUAAUAAAACUGCUCAGGGUUUUUUCCGUGGACGAGACAGUCGGGAAGAGCGCCUCCAGCUCGUGUCUCUGUCCAAGAAAUCCCCGGAGCUGCUGGACGCCGGCAUCACAGGGUGGUUCUUCUUUAGAGACAGGGAGAAACAGGUGGGCAAAGCACCACUUGUGGGAUUCUUCGACUUCUUCAAGUACAAAUACCAGGUAAAUGUGGACGGAACCGUUGCAGCGUAUCGGUUUCCUUACCUGAUGCUGGGAAAUAGCUUGGUUCUGAAACAGAACUCGCAGUACUACGAACACUUCUACGGACAUCUAAAGGCAGGUGCUCACUACGUUUCUGUGCAGAGAAACCUGUCAGACCUUUUAGAGAAAAUCAAGUGGGCCAAAGAGAACGAUGCCGAGGCGGCUGAGAUCGCCCGAGCGGGACAGGCAGCAGCCAGAGAUCUGCUGCAGCCCAGCCGGCUGUACUGCUACUACCACAGAGUGCUGCUGACGUACGCCGAGCGCCAGGCAGGGCGGCCGACGCAACAAGCCGACAUGGAGCUGGUGACUCAGCCGGACGAUCACACAGCCGCAUGUACAUGCAGGCAGGAAGGUAACAAGACAGGACCCAGUAAGAAUGAACUAUGACUGCUCAACCAUUGUUAGUUACAGCUUCAUUCAAUGGACUUUUUUUUAGGAAAAAUCCUUGCUGACAAAGCGAGAAGCUGAUGAGUGUUACUGAUGUUUAUAGGAAACUUCUCAUACUUUUAUAAAAAAAAAAAAACAACCUUUUUUUAUCUUUGCAUCUACAGGAAGUUGUGUAUGUAAAUAAAGAGGUUACUCUUCUAACUGUGCCUUUAAGUUAAAAUAUAGAACUUUUUUAAGUUUACUUGAAAUACAGCUAAGUACAACAAUUUUUAUGCCUGUGGGAGAAUUGUGUAUGAGAUAAUCUUUUUAUUUUACCAUAUUUCUGACUAAAAGUUGUAUUCAUGGUUCAAAGUGGCCCAGCCAGAGUCCUGACUGAAAUCUGGGGAGGGAGCUAAAAAUUAGGGUGAUGGAAACGAGGCCUUCCAUCUUCACAGACAGUAGAGAGAUGUAAUCAAAAUAUCAGUGGAAACAUGGAAGGAGAUGCUCA